AUUAGAGAUAAGUAUUUUCAAAAAUCAUUCACAAAAGUCCAACGCCCAGAGUAAAACCUUUGGUGUAUUUGCUUGUAAGACUAUACGACAGAGCUGAACUCAUUCUUUCAUCAACCCGGUAAAUAUCGAAGUUGUGAGCCUUACUGGAAUGGAUUACUCAGUAAUGCAAAGUAGUGAAUUGGAAGGAACACACCGGGAUGUAGUGGAUAUUGAUCUCGAUAAUGUCGAGCAAGACGAUGCACUGCGGAUGAUGUAUACCACAGGAGGUAUAACUGUCAAUAUGGAGACUAAUUUAGCUUUAAACUCCACUUCUGAAGAUUCACAAGGUCCCUCCAGUGGAAAGGAUUUCGCAAUCCAGACUAAAAACGAUUUUCUACGAGUAUCGAUUGAGAGGGAAAAUCAAGGAGAAAGCUUGAGAUUAUACAGAUGUAAAUCACCAUUCAGAGGAGCAAGUUCAAGAUCAAACCUCGCGGAUGUGACUUCUCCAACUACAAGCAGUGGAUCGCCAGAAAUUAGAACACCAAGCGACGACGAUUAUCGUGAAAGUGAAGAAUGGUGUGAAGAACUCAAAUUUGACGUCAAUAAUGCCGUAAUGGAACACUCCACAAAUGAUUACAUAGCUGAACACGUAAACCCUGAUCCUUCAGGUGACGAGAAGUCAAACCCCGGUGACGAUGGAUAUUUUUCUCCGCCACACAUGACACAACAUCCCAAUACCGUUCGAGUUUCAACCGGCAUGACUUCCGAAAUUUCGUCUCACUCUUGCAAAGUCGAUUUAAGAACUUUACUUCCAGAACAUUGUCACCAUGAUUAUCCGACAACUUUUGACGUCAUCAAAGAUUUGCAUGAACGAUCUUCGGUACAUUCUUUAUCUGACAUCUUGGACGACUAUCCUGAGGACGAGAGAAGGCAACGACAUAUCAGUGAUCGUCAUUCUGAUCACGACAGUGACGAUGAAAUAGAAGGUCAUCAUGAAAGCAUGUUCGCUUCACAUAAACUUGCUAUCACAGGAGUAGGAUUAUAUUCUGUGCUUCUAGAAUGCAUCGGAACACCGAAAUGGUUGAACGCAGGUCUGACUGUAGGAGCAGCAGCUCUGAUAGCAUAUGACGGAGCAAAGAAAAACAAGAAAGCAAAAAGAAUUCCAAAGAUUCUUGAAAAAAUAAAAGGACCAUGGACCGAAGAAGACGAAAUGAAAAAUCGCAGAAGAUCAGAGAAACGAAGAAACAAGAAAAAAAAUAAUGGAAUUGUGGUUUCGGCAUUGGUUGAAAAAUUUCAGAAUCUGUGGUUCUGAUAAAAUUGGACGUUCAAGAAUGGCCAAAAAAGUUCAUCAUACAAUUGAAUAUACGUUGGAAAACGUGUUUCUUAUGCAUAAACCACUUCUUGCCUUGUGCUUUGUCCGGAGCAACAAGUCUUAUCGCGGUAUUUUGACAAUUGAUUCUCGUGUAAAGUUUGGUUAAUUGAAUCAAUAUUUUAGUUACAAAGUUACGACUCGCUAAUUUCAGGUUUUUGUGGUAGCGCCAGAGAGUCGUCAAUAGCACAGCUCUGAUGAUUAUCAACAUUGUGAUAUGAUAGUUUAUUUUGUAUUUGUAAUAUAUUCUGAAGAACUUUUCUUCAAUUGUUUUAGUAGUCUCUUAUUCUCAUUUUUUGUAUCCAUUUCCUAUUUUUUUUAUUCUUUUCACUUCAUCUUAUCUAUUAUUAUAAUAACUACUUAGCUUCGCACGAAAAAUGGGCAUUCUAUUGCGCUGAUGCGCUGAAUGGUCAUGGUCUUGUUGCGUCAAAUGUUGAGGCAAGAGACAGCUUUAUUCCCAAAAUGUUCAGUAAACUUAAAUUAUUGACGUUAAAUCCAUAAUAUCGUUGUUUGGAAUGCAAUCGGAGAAUAAAACAAACUAAUAUACAUAUAUAUA